AGUUUUAGCUGUUUGUCAUCGACGCAUGUUCGUUCGGAGCUGCUGUAAACCUGACUUGGCGAUCAUGAGGACCUCAGCAGCUUUCGCUCGGAGUUAACACUCACUUAUCUGCGAAGAUGUGUUUAGCGAACUUCAGAAAUCAGCCGAUACUUUACUACCGAGAGAACAAACUAAGGGACGAGUAUCAGAAUACGUGACAGGGUAUUUCUUCGUUUGAGGAUGGAGAGGAGCGCGUCGGAGCGAACCGCGCUGCGGCGGUUCGGGGACAGCGGGAUGAUGCUCCUGCCCUGGACCAAACAGAUCCUGACGGUUGUGUGGGAGCACCUGCGACUGCUGGUUCAGGUCAUCUGCUGCACACUCAUGACGGUUUUCCAGAUGUUCCGGUUUGAAGUUCAUCUAAGAAUUACAGACGAGACAGGGCAACACAUUCAGCACAUGACAAGUAGCACAGGAGACCCCUCUGACAGUUUCCUGCUCUCAUCCCUGUUUGAAAACAACACAAACAUUGUGGUGGGGGGUUCCAGUCCGCUUUCCAAAUUCGGCAGAGACCCAUUUGACGUGAGCUCCCACUCCAGAGCCGUCUUGUCCAGUCUAGUCAGUGAUGAACUCUGUUGCUCUUUGGUGGACGACCUCGUGUCCCAUGCGACCGAGUGUCUCAACGACACAGAUGAUCUCUACAUUGGAGAUCACUCUGUGUGGAAACAUGGAUAUGACUGGACUGUAUUAGGAGGUUCUGAGAGGAAGUGCGGUUCAGAAAGCACUUGUACGUUCAGCGCACACGUGGCAGGGUUUACGAAGGAGUUUGUAAAGCAUCAGAAACCCAUUAGCGAUCCUGGUUCCUGUGCUUUAUCAAAGGAGAAUGUUCAGUCUUCACGUCAAGUACAGUCCAUCAGUCAUUUCUCAGACAGCGAGUUCAGCUGGGGCAGCACAGACAGCUCUUGUUUCGAAGGAGAACGUGAGGAAAGCGACAAACUCUGGGAUCUUCUGACCAAGUCGACUGAUCCAUAUCACCCGCUGCACUUCACAGCUUGCUUGUCCACUGUAGUUACUGAAAAACCCAAACCAGAGGUGGUUUCAAAAGCAGAAAGUCCCAUUGCAUCUCAGUCCACUGUGUCUACCAGCUCAGAUUCUUCCAAACCAGGUUCUGAAGAUGAAGAAGAAGAGGCCUUAUGGAGAUCCCUUUCCCAAAAUGACGACCCGUACCACCCUUUGAAUUUCAGAGCACCUCUUCAAAGCUCAUCUGUGACUCCAGUACCUUCCAAACAUGAUUCACCCAGCAACAAUAUGCAAAAUACACCAAUCAGACCCCUUAAAUCUUCAAGGCGCUCAAAGCCGGCUUUACUGCCAAACAAAGUGGCUCGCCAUUGCUGCCGCAAAUUAUCAGUUGAGACAUUAUCAGUGGUGCCAUGGAAAAGACAUGUUGGUGUGACAUCUGUUCAAGGCAACCAGAAGAGAAGUCCCAAAUUAAAGAAGGUGAAAUUUUCUCCCGUCGUACAAGUUCACAAGAUGCGAGCAUGGUCCUUUGCUCUUCAAGCAUCACGUAAGGGACCGUGGGAGGAGCUGGCGCGGGACAGAGACCGUUUCCGGAAGAGAAUCGGUGACACUGAGAAGGCCAUUGGGUACUGCUUUAGUUUGUCAAACAGGGAAAAGAUGCGGGCCUAUAGAGACACUGUACAGAAGAAAUGACCAGCCUCUCAGUCAUUUUCAUGAUUGUAACUAUUGAUCUUCAGUUCCCAGGCAGGACUCCAGACUCAUGCAUUGACUUAAAUUGACAAUCAUACCUCACCGCUGUGUCCCAACACACUGUACUUUGACCGCCACUGAAUGUUCAUUUAGUUUGAAUGCCUUACUGAUGUUUUACUGUGACCAAGCACACAUUUAUUUUUAACACAACUUGUAGAUAUGUUGAAACAGUAGACUAGUGUUUUUUAUUUUAAGAGUUAGUUCACCCAGAAAUGAAUAUGCCGUCCUGAUUUACUCAUCUUUUUUGAAAUGACACAAAAGAAGAAAUGUUUUUUUUUUCUUUCAUACAAUGAAAGGUACUGGAACCUAUCGUUGUUUUAGACUUUCAUUGUAAAGGCAAAACAGCUAAACCGUUCUUCAAAAGAUCUUCUCUUGUGUUUGACAAAAGACCUGGAAUAAAUUGAGGAUGAGUAAA